GACGUCAUUGCGUCAGCUGCAUUCAAAGAGGGAUACGAUUUUGUCAGGGUAAAUUGUAUUUGCUCCAUAACAACUCGGCUAGUAAUCAUGACGAACCAACUUUGUAAGCUGUUUGUCGGUGGAUUGAACGUCGAGACUACAGACGAUGGACUUCGGCAACAUUUCGAGCAGUACGGCCAGUUAACCGACUGCGUAGUGGUUCAGAACCAGCAGCUACAAAGGUCCCGGUGCUUCGGCUUUGUAACCUACUCAAGCGCGGAGGAGGCCGAUGCAGCCAUGGCCGCCAGGCCACAUGUCGUCGAUGGUACCAACGUGGAGUUAAAAAGGGCAGUUGCACGGGAAGAUGCCGGUAGGCCAGAGGCACUCGCCAAAGUUAAAAAAAUAUUUAUCGGUGGGUUGAAAGACGACAUAGAAGACGACCAUUUGAAUGAUUAUUUCUCUCAAUUCGGGGUAAUUGAGAAGGCCGAAGUAAUCAGUGACAAACAGACUCUCAAAAAAAGAGGAUUUGGCUUUGUCUAUUUUGAAGAUAAUGACUCUGCCGACAAAGCAGUGGUGCUGAAGUUCCACACAAUCAAUGGGCACAAAGUGGAGGUGAAGAAGGCCCUCACCAAGCAAGAGAUGCAGUCAGCCGGUGGUCGGGGAGGAAGAGGCGGGCGAGGAAUGAGAGGGUCUCAAAAUGGCUACGACGGCGGAAGAGGUGGCGGCUACGGCAACUAUGGCGGUAAUUAUGGAGGAAAUGGCGGCUACGGUGGCGGCUACGGCAAUGGAGGUGGUUACGGUAACCAAGGGGGAUACGGAGGAGGUUAUGGAGAUCAAAUGGGGAGCAGUUAUGGUGGGAACGGUUAUAAUGACUUUGGCGAAGAUUACGGACAGCAGUCCUCCGGCUAUGGUGCAAUGAAAGGUGGUAAUUAUUCAGGCAGGAGCGCAGCACCGUACUCCCGUGGAGGCGCCAGUGGUUAUGGCAGGGGUGGAUAUGGUGGUUAUUAGACACCGUUGGCCACAUUUCAUUUGACCCAAUAAUUUGAAAUGUUCUGAUUUUCUGAUUCAAUGACCUGCAUUUACACACGGGUCAGAGUUGCCCAUUUCUUUGUUGCUACUAUUUUAUUAAAGUACUCGUGCCCCUCGCCCACCCUGAUGUACCCUCCCCCUCCACCCGGACUACACCAUUGCCCCUAGGCGGCGCUACUAAAGACAUGAUGGACACAUUAUUACCAAUUCAACUUUCUGACUUGUGAAUGUAGUGUAGUGAUUCCCUUUCAAUAUUUUUUAAAUUUAAUUGUAGUUAACGUCGCUGCUUCCAAGACUUUGGUAUGAUACUGUAUGUCAUUAGUGCCAGCCAGGUUAAUAACAAGACAUAUUGCUUUAGCAACAUGAAACUCAGGGGUAUUAAUGGAUUUGAAAGCAGUCUUAGUGUAUGCUUGUGUUUUUAAGAUAAUAAUAUUUCGUGUCAAAGUAUUAAGUACUUAUGGUUAUUGUAUUAUUAUACUUUUUUUAUUUUUAUGGUUACCUCCAAAUGCUUUUCUCCAUCCAAGAUGUGCUGUUCAAUACCUUGCAAAGCAAUGCAGUUUUGUGGAAUGUUACUUAAAUAUUAGUUGGCUAUUGAGCCUAACUCUCUUGGCUGUAUUAAAGUUUUUAAUGUUUGAAAGCAA